AUGCAGCAACAUAAUACUAAAUAUGUUCAUAAUGAGCACAAAGUGAGCAAGGAAAAGGAUCCUGCUGAGGGUCCUUUCGCAUUGAACACCUUUGGGUUUUACGCCUACGACACUGUUUGGGUGCUUGCUUCUGCACUCGAUGCGUUUUUCGGGAGUGGGGGAACAUUGUCAUUUUCAAAUGAUUCAAGUCUAAACAUGUUAAGGGGGGGAAGUUUUGAGCUUGAUAGCAUGGGAGUGUUUCUUGAUGGUGAGAAGCUGCUUAAAAGAAUUCUAGAGGUGAACAGAAGUGGUCUAACAGGGCAAAUGAUGUUUGGACAAGACGGAAACUUGGUGCAUUCAUCAUACGAAGUAAUUAAUGUGAUAGGCAGUGGAAUUAGGAGGAUUGGUUAUUGGUCUGAAACAUCUGGCCUCCACACUGGUGAGUCUCCUAAUCAUUCCAUUUCUGGUGAUGGACUCUAUGGUGUCAUCUGGCCUGGUCAAACGACUCAAACCCCACGUGGAUGGGUUUUUUCCAGCAAUGGAAAACCCUUGAGAAUUGGGGUGCCACUUAGAAUUAGUUAUCGUGAGUUUGUGUCAAGAACUGAGGGAACCGAGAUGUUUGGUGGUUAUUGCAUAGAUGUGUUCACGGCUGCUCUCAGCUUGUUGCCUUAUUCCGUUCCGUACAAGUUUGUUUCAUUUGGAGAUGGUAAAACCAACCCAUUAAAUUCAGAUCUUCUUCACAUGAUAACAGUCGGUGCCUUCGAUGCUGUGGUGGGAGACAUAACCAUUACUACUAACCGAACCAAGAUAGUGGACUUUACACAGCCAUAUAUUGAGUCCGGGCUAGUUGUUGUGGCACCUAUCAAGAAGUUGAAAUCCAGUGCUUGGGCUUUCCUAACACCAUUCAGUCCAAUGAUGUGGUUUGUGACAGGAAUGUUUUUCUUAGUGGUGGGAGCUGUUGUGUGGAUUUUAGAGCGUCGCAUAAAUGAUGAUUUUAGAGGCCCUGCCAGAAGACAAUUUGUCACCAUUAUUUGGUUUAGCUUCUCAACCUUAUUUUUUGCACAUAGAGAAAAAACUGUUAGCACCCUUGGUCGCUUUGUGCUGAUCAUAUGGCUGUUUGUGGUUUUGAUACUCAACUCAAGCUACAUUGCAAGUCUGACCUCCAUCCUGACAGUGGAACAACUCUCUUCACCGAUUAAAGGAAUCGAAAGCUUAGUAAUAAGCAACGAUCGUAUUGGUUUCCUGAGGGGUUCAUUUGCUGAGAAUUAUCUGACCGAGGAGCUGAACAUACACAGGUCCAGGCUUAUUCCUCUGAACUCCCCAUCAGAAUAUGAAAAAUCCUUGAAGGAUGGAGCAGCUAACGGUGGUGUUGCUGCAAUAAUAGAUGAACGUGCAUAUAUGGAACUCUUCCUAGCCACAAGAUGUGAAUUUGGUAUCGUGGGUCAGGAGUUCACCAAGAUGGGAUGGGGCUUUGGCUUCCCCAGGGAAUCUCCUUUAUCAAUUGAUAUGUCAACUGCCAUCCUUAAACUAUCAGAAAACGGUAAUCUCCAAAGAAUUCAUGACAAAUGGCUGACGAGAAGUGCGUGCAGCUCAGAGGGUGCAAAACAAGGCAUAGACAGACUUGAGCUAAACAGUUUUUGGGGUCUGUUCCUACUCAGUGGCAUAGCAUGCUUCAUUGCUCUACUAUGUUAUGCUAUUAGAAUGGUUUACCGUUUUAGCAGAGACUCCAACAGUAACAUUGAGCGCUCAUCUCACUCUGAUCGUCUCCGAUCGUUCCUUUCCUUUGUGAAUGAAAGAGAAGGGGAAGACAUAUACAGGCCAAAGAGGAGGCGAAAGGAGAAAUGCUCCUGUAGAAAGGUAGUACAUGAAGGUGGAUCUUUGGAUGACUCAACUGUUAGUGUCCACAUAGAAAAUAAUCCCAGUGCACAAGAUUAA